AUGAGCAACAAGGCGGAUAACCUCGCACCACAGCAAAGUCACCAACGUGGUGGCCGCAGCGCAUACCCCGGCAACGGCAGCGGUGGUGGGAGCCAUCACCCUCCGUUCACCACGACAGCAGGGAGUUCCGCGUUGCCCGGCGGCGUCAGCGCCUCUUCCAUCUCCUCGUCUGCACAGGCUUUCGCCCCUUCUCCGAUCGGGGCCGCGCGGCACGUUGUUCCACCGCCGCGAAGCUGCAUGGCAGGCGGCUCGACGAGGAACUCCGCCGCCGCCGCCGCCACCGCCAGCCCGCGCCACUCUGCUUCUCCUUACGCGCUAGACGACUUUGACGAGGAGUCAAGUUUUCGUAGCGGGCAGCCCGCUGGAGCACAUUUCCAGGUAGCUUCAGCCGCGGCCUCUUCACCACCGCUAGGCAAGGGUACAGCAACAGUGCCCUUUGCACGCUACAGCACCCCCAGCACGGGUGACGGCGGCGGCACCAACGACCCCACCGGUGCAACGUCCAUCAACGUGAUGAGUCCGCGGCCUGGCAAGUUCACCCCCUCGCUUGAUGAUAGCACGCACAUGAACAGCAAACAGAACCGGAACAGCAACGGCAGCUACGACUCCGGCAGCGAUGGCGCUCGUCGACGGACCAGUGCGCCGACCGGGAGCAGCGGCGGUGGUGGUGGCAUGAGUUUUGGCCUCGGCCACACUCUGAACGACCCGAUGCACACCGCCACUACGCUUCAUCACCGCAACAGCAUGAGCGCUGCGCCCAUGAGCACGGGGGGCAGCACCGGCAACAGCGACGGCGGCAUCGCCAGCCGGCAUCUACAGCCGCCCUCCAACCACAGCCGCGUGAACCUCUUUGUGCGGGACCUGCCCUUAGACUUGCGGGAGGAUCAGCUGCGGGCGAUGUUUACCCCCUUCGGCGAAAUCGUGAACUCCGCCAUCAUGCGCAACAUCCACACUGGCGUGAGUCUCGGCACGGCGUUUGUGCGGUAUUCGCAGCAUGCGGAGGCGAUGCGGGCGAUGGAGGCGUUUGCGGGCGGACGCGCCGGGGCGGGCCCGAGGCGGGUGACGGUGCAGUGGGCGCGCCGCGAGCACGACAAGGCGCCUGCUGGGGCUGAGCGGCGGCGCAUGCGCAAGCUGUUCAUCCGCAAUGUGCCGAAGGACAUCACUCCGGAGAUGCUCAUCCACCUCUUCAGCCGGUUUGGACCGGUCAAGACGGUCAGCACGCACCGCGACACGGCAGCUGCCAACGCCGUGACGCAACCGAACAGUGCCGCGGCGGCGGCCGCCGGAGAGUCGAUCGAGCAGGUGCUAGACGUGCCCGUCAGUGCCGGCAGCCUUCCCGCGGCCCCAACGACAACGACGACCAUCGCCACCGCACAUGGCAGCAAUGAGGACCGACGCAUCGCCUUCGUCACCUUCGAAAUUGAGGGCGUGGCAGAGCAGGCGACGGCGGCGAUUCACAACACGCUGCCGUUUGCCUCUUGCAACGGCAUCCCGCUCAUGGUAAAACUCGCAGAGGACACCCCGGUGCGACACAACAGCACUCUUAACAAUAGUAGUAAUGUGCACUUCAGCUCGGGAGGAACCGCCGGCGGCACGGCCUCAGCGGCGACGGUGUCGACCGGCACCGUCGGUGGGCACACCUUCAACGCUGGUGGGCAGCCAAGCCAUCCCGGCGUGAGCUGGGGCGACGCGCAAAGCAACGAGUACCUGCACUCGCCCACCACGUCGCCUCUGAUGAUGCAACUGAACACACACACAGGCGUUGGCGCUGCUGCCGCUACGGCACCACCCUCCACAUGGCGGGCCAACGCACCGAGUACCGUUCCGCAGGGCGGCUUUCCGUUCGGCUCACCGGAGGGGCUUCGACCGCAGAGCAGCAGCAACAGCACCAUGACGGCGGCAACCACCACCAACAACAGCGUGGCCGCAACGCUGUCGGCGCCACGGGCUUUUAAUAGUGCCGUAAUGAGCAACAUCCCGACCCCCACCAACAUGUCUUUCAACGGCAUCACACAAAUGAACAGCGCGAACACCAACGCUAUCACACCUACGAUGACGCCCUACGCGACUCACAGCGCCGGUGUAGCAUCGCUGCGCCAGCACCCGCCGCCGGUACCGGGCGUGCCUCCGCUGAGCUCGUCGCACAACGCAUACGCUGCUGCUGCCGCGGUGGUGGGAAGUCUUUCGAAGCCUUCGUCGCUCGAGGCACGCGAGGGUCCUUCUUCACCUUCGCAACAGCCACCUUCGUCGUCGUCGCACCCCAUCGGCACGAGCAACAACGCCGCGGCGGGUGCGCAGACGAGCCUGCAGGACCUUUGCUGUCUCGGGUACAUGGUCUCGAGUAAUGAUCUGUGCACCUUUCCGGCCACCACCAGCGCCUCGCCGGAGAUGUUAGGCUUGGCGACGGGCGCCAUGGCGAUGCUGUCAUAUGAUCCACAGGACUACUACGCCCUCUCCGCCUCGUACGGCAGUCGUGGGAUUAGCGGGUCGACUCCCGUACCGACGCACCCACCGCUGCCGUCCUCGCAGGCGCAGUCCACCGCACCGAGCGCCAACGCCGACAGCAGCCCGCGCAACGUAUCCUCGUCUCUGAACGCGUCGCCGAGCCCGGCGCUGCCGUCACCGGGCACAUUGUCGUUCUUUCAGACGAGUCCACGCUUCGGCCACAACAGUGCGCAGCCCUCCACCAUGCAGGUUCUUCCAAUGAUGAACGCCGCUGUGUCGUCGUCUCCUGUUGCUCCUGUGCAGCAGCCGAAACUGCCAAUGCAACUACAAGCAGAGCUGUAUGGAAGCAACCACACCAACCAUAGCAAGGGACCUUCGCCGUCUGCGAUGGUGGUUCCGCCCGCGCCACGAAGCGCUGCCGCCGCCGCCGCUGCGGCGAAUCGAGGUAGCACCCUCACAAACCACCAACGUCUACUGGACGGGAGGGCGAUGACGGGGGGCAUUAGAGACAGCGGCGGAGGGAGCACGUUCGCGAGGCUGCAACGCAGCGACCUCGCCGCAGGUCCGCAAAGCACCGCAGGACGUCGUGCCAGCGGUCCCAACCCGAGCGGCGUUGCGGGUGUGCCGACCGCCUCCCUCACCACGUUAAACCCCGCCUUCGCCUCGUCCUUCUCGAGCCCCAACAUCCAGCCCUACCAACCGUUCGAGGUCACGAGCGUCUUCGGCACCGGCGUGCGGGGGACCCCUCCGCCGGACAGCAACUGUAUUAGCAGUAGGAGCAGUCUAAACAACGUCGGCGCGUCUGCGCCUGCGGGGCCGGGAAGUCUCCGCACGGCCCCCCCGACGCUCCCCAAGUGUCUCCCCCUCCCCCCGGGUGGCGCACCGACCGCCCUCAUCACCGCUGCUGCACCGGUAAGGCCUGCGUACGCCCUGCCCGUCACCGCCGGGCUCGCAGCUGGGGGAAGCACAGGCUCCGCCCUCUCGCUCGAGAACACCCUCGCCCCGUUCGACUACGACGACGACAAGGACGCCGAGUUCAUCGCGUCGACCAAGUCGCGCGGCUCCUCGUCUUACGCGGCGGAGCUGCUGCGCGCGGUGACUGAGGGCACGGUGGAGGGCAGCCUGGGCAUCAGCCCCACCCACCCAACUUCCGCUACCACCACAGCCAUCGCCGACCUCUCGGCGCCGGGGUCUACCAGCGGGACCAGCCGCGAUCGCCGCCGCAGCUUCACGAGCCCGUCUGGCAUGUUCGCCUACAAGGACUCGAGCGACGGCGAGGGCAAAGUAUCGAACGUCUCCUCUGCCACCCGGCCGACCGGCACGCAGGCGGACCGUCGCAGCGCCAGCAGCAGCAAACCAACGUCCCUCACGAUGGGGGCCCCGGCCUUCCUGGAUGAGCAGCUGCUGUAUCAGUGGGACGGCACGACGGCGAGCGCGCCCGGGUCGUCGAACUCCGCCUCGCCCGCCGGCGCGAUCGGCUCGCAGGCGCCGUCGCCGGUGGCAGGCUCGAACCAAUCGAAGAGCCGCAACGUCUUUACGCUGAUGUCGCCGCCACCACCGCGUGCCACGUCCAUCACGCACGACCCCACCGCGCCAACCUCGGCGUCCAAUUUGUGGCUGACCACCGACCCUAGCCCCUACUGGAACACCGCCCAGAUGAAGGAUCCGCUGACGCUGCUACCGGCGCCGCGCGGCAUCCCCCACGUCAGCACGAGUGGCAGCAGCACCACCGCAACUACGACGACAGCCGCAGCCGCAGGGACUGAGGGCGAGAGGGGCAGUCGGGCACGGGUUCCCCUGGCAAGGGUGAAAUCAUCCGGUGAUUUCAGUCAUUGCAGCCCGGCCCCCACGCUGCCUGGCACGGCGCUGCCGCGGACAACGGAGAGUGCGGACGAGGACGAUGAGCAGACGGGCUGGGGGACCUAUCCGGAUUUGACCAUGAACUUUUCGUGGGCUGCGGGGGUGAAUGAUGAAGCACCGAGGAGUGGCCAUGACGGGGCAACGGGUGUGGACCCUGUGCUCUACAGCCACCAGAUGGGCGACGAUGCGGAGCGGCUGUACAACUUCAUGACCUACGAUGACAGCUCCUAUUGA